AUGUAUCAAUUCACGAGAAGACCACAUGUUGCAGCUGCCCAAGUGCACAUACUUCGUGUCUCACUCAAAGAUAACCUCGAGAUGGUCAAAUUCUUCCUCCACCAUUCUCACCAUAAACCCUGCAUCAGCAUGUCAAUAACAACUCUUAUUUCACUCAAGAUCCUCACCAUAUUCUUUUUAACCACCUUAGCCUAUCAGGGCAACUCCGAACCAAUUAACAACCAUGAAAAAAACAUCCUUCUUCAACUCAAACAAUCCUGGUCACAUCCACCUUUGCUCAAACAAUGGUCUUCUGCCAACUCAAGCGACCAUUGUACCUGGCCGGAGAUCACCUGUACAAAAAACUCUGUAACAGGACUUUGCAUUUCCAACAGAGGCGUGAAGGGGAAAAUCCCACCUUUUAUAUGUGAACUUAAAAACCUCACCUUUCUUGAUUUUUCGUACAAUUAUAUUCCUGGAACAUUCCCUACAGCCCUUUACAACUGUUCCAAUCUUCAGUAUCUAGACCUCUCUGAGAAUUACUUUGGAGGAGUGAUUCCCCAAGACAUUGACAAGUUGUCUCGUCUUUCUUUUUUCAAUCUUGAGGGUAACCAGUUCACUGGAGACAUUCCUGCUGCUAUCGGACAACUUUCAGAGCUUGUGACUCUUAAGCUUUCUACUAAUCUGUUGAAUGGCUUUCUCCCACCAGAACUUGGGAACUUGUCGAAUCUUGAAGUUCUUGAAUUAUCAUAUGCAAGUAAGUUUCCACCUUGGGCACUACCCACAAAUCUGUUCACUAAAUUGACAAAACUGAGGAAUCUUCUUAUGACUGAAUCGAAUUUGAUAGGAGAGAUUCCUGAAAGUAUUGGCAAUUUGACUGCUCUCGAAAUCUUGGAUUUCAGCAGCAAUAACUUGAGUGGCAAAAUCCCAGAUAGUGUGUUUUUGCUGAAGAAUUUAACUCAAUUAUAUCUUAGCAUCAACACACUUUCAGGACAAAUUCCUCGGUCCAUUGAAGCUUUGAAUAUGGAAGAACUGGAUUUAUCAGUAAAUUAUUUGACUGGAACAAUCCCAGAUGAUAUUGGAAAACUUACAAAAUUAUCAGUUUUGUCUUUGUCUUUAAAUAAUUUAUCAGGUGAGAUUCCAGUAAGUAUAGCAAGACUACCUUUCUUGAAAGAUAUAAGUAUUUUCAGCAAUAGUCUGUCAGGAGAACUGCCACAAGAUUUGGGUAGAUUUUCAAUGCUCGAGACCCUUACAGCCACUUUUAACUACUUUGUGGGAAGAUUACCUGAUAAUUUGUGCUACAAUGGGGUUUUGAGAGAUGUAGUUAUUAUUGAGAAUAAUUUUACUGGUGAAAUCCCUAAAUCACUAGGGAAUUGUCCUAGUUUGGAGUUUCUGGGAGUUUCAAAUAAUCAAUUUUCUGGUAAAAUUCCAGAUGGUUUAUGGACUUCAUUGAAUUUCACACAAAUGAUGGCAAGUCACAACUCAUUUACUGGACAUCUUCCUGAUAGAUUAUCUUCGAGUUUAUUUGCAGUCCAAAUUGAUAAUAACAAUUUUUCGGGUGAAAUUCCUACUGGAAUAUCUUUUUGGAAGAAUCUGAAGGCGUUUGUUGUCAGCAACAAUCAGUUUAAUAGUUCAAUUCCUACGACACUCUGCAAAGCGACAUCCCUUGAGAUUCUUGAUUUGUCAGGUAACAGUUUAGGUGGUACACUUCCGCACUGUUUAUUAGAUCUUAGCACUACUCUCACAAUUAUGGAUCUUCACAAGAAUCAAUUUGGAGGGAUAAUACCAGAAAGUUUCCCAAAGAGCUGCCAACUCACGACGUUUAACAUGAAUAACAAUCACUUCGAAGGUCCAUUGCCCCUAGCCUUGGCCAACUGUAAGAAGUUAAAGAUUCUUGAUCUUGGAAACAACAAAAUCAGUGGCACAUUUCCACAGUGGCUGGAUAGUCUUCCGGAUCUACAAAUCAUUGUCUUGCGAUCAAAUAGACUUCAUGGAACGUUAAGUCUUAGAAAGUUGGAAAAACCAUUUCCCAAAUUGCAAAUCAUGGACCUCUCUCACAACCAAUUCAGCGGCAACCUGCCAAUCAAUUUUUAUGACAAUUUGAAAGUUUUAGCGAAUGUUGAUCAACUAGUGGAUAUCAAUAUAACAAAGGACGGUUUAUUUUAUGAAGCUUCUGUUUUGUUAACUGUCAAAGGUAGGGAACUUGAAUUGACAAGAAUCCUCGGUAUCUACACAAGUAUUGAUUUAUCAAGCAACAAAUUCAAUGGAGAAAUUCCAGAGGUCAUUGGAGAACUUAAAUCACUGCGGCUUCUUAACAUAUCUCAUAAUUGCCUUACAGGCCGUAUACCAUCCUCGCUGGGAAACUUGAGCCACCUUGAAUCUUUAGAUUUCUCCUCAAACCAACUGACAGGCGUAAUUCCUUGGCAGAUGACUAGUCUGACAUUUCUUUCGACCUUGAACCUUUCAGAAAACCAUCUUUCGGGAGCAAUUCCAAAAGGAAGCCAAUUCAGCACUUUCAGUAAUGAGUCAUUUCUAGGUAACUUGGCUUUGUGUGGAUUCCCUCUGACGAAGAUAUGUAAAACUGAUGAGUCGGUAACUCAAGAAGUUGAUGAUGGUCUAGAUGAUGACGAUGAAUGGUUCACGUGGAAAACAGUGCUGAUCGGUUAUGGAUGUGGAUUGUCUAUGGUAUACAUUUUCUUCACAACUUAUAAGCCUAAAUGGUAUCUUCUCUUUGUUACAAGAGCUGAGCAGAAGUUGAUCAGAAGAUACAAGAAGAACACGUAG